UUUUUUCCUCAUAUGAAAUACCUGUAUUUAAGUAAACGAUUGAGACAAUCGGAAGUCUUUCAUCGUCCGGUCAUAAUUUGGGAUUUCUCAUAUGUUCCACAAUUUUAAGUAUUUGAUAGCCGUUUCUGAUUUUAUUCAGUGGUAACUGAGAUGGAAGACGUUGUAUUCUCGUGUACUGGUAAUGGAAUUCAAGUGGACCGCAAAGUUGUUCAGACAUUGCAAAAGAAUUUUGUGCAAGUGCAGAACAUUUUGGAUCAAAACAGGUUGUUAAUCAACGAGAUCAACCAGAACCACGAGUCAACAAUCCCAGAUAACUUGACUCGAAAUGUUGGUCUAAUUAGAGAGCUAAAUAACAAUAUUAGAAGAGUAGUUGAUCUCUAUGCUGAUCUUUCCAGUUCUGUUACCACAUCUAUGGAGGCUUUCUCCGAGGGUGAAUCAAACAAUGCUAAUCAAUCAGAUCAAAGAGACGGUCAGAAGAGAAUUAGGUCCAGCUGAAUUGACCGUUUUGAAGUUCCAACUUUCUCCGUUGAUUGUUUCUAAGUUAAUCAGCUCUCUUUAAGAUGGUUUGAGUAGAACGGGAUGGAUAUAUACCGAGGCUAUAAGCUAUAACAUUUUGAAAAUAAAUCCAUCUGGUCAUGUGUUCCUUUGUUA